AGCCAUUAGAGAAUAUAUUUCAUCAUUGUUUCAUCAGAUUGUCUGAUAUUGUCUAGCGGCUUAAAAUUUUAUAUAGGUAUAUUGUUUAAACAAUUAAUAUUAAAUAGCUAUAUUUAUAUUAUCAAAAUAAAAACACAAUGAGUGGAAUUGUAAGAAAUGCAUUACGUUUUGUUGGAACAGCAAAACAUAUUACAAGUAAUACAACAAAAUCAUUAAUUAAUUCUCAAUGUUCACGAUCCAUGUGGCACAUGGGUAAUCGUUUUAAUGAUACCACCAAAAAUUCAAUUAAAUUGGUUAAAUCAUAUAAUCUUUGUAAUUGUGGAUGUGGAAGAUUCCAACAUACUCAAGCUGAAAAAGAAUUGGCUGAAUAUUUAAAUAAUGAAAUUGCUGCUGAAAAAGAAGCAACAAGAGAAAAAACAAUACCAUCAAAACUUGGUAAAUUUGAUGUAUCACUUGAUGGUGCUGAAGUAACAUUAAUGAAAAAAGAAAAUGAUGAAAUAAUUAAAAUUAUUUUCAAUGUCAAUCACACAGUUAAUACUGAUGAGGAUGAAGCAGUUGAUUACGAACAUGCAUUAUUGAGCAAGCCAAAUUUUGAUGUUGAUAUAACACGUGGUAAACAAACACUUGGUUUUUCAUGUUCAUUUAACGUUUCUCCUGGUGCAACUGGUGAUGAAGAUUAUGAUGAUAUUUUUGGUAUUGAUGAAGUAACUCUUCAUGAAGGUGAACGUACUGAUACAAUUUAUGCUGCAGGUGGUGAAGUUAUUGAUGGGGUUUUGUAUGAUCAUCUCAUGAACUUUUUGGAAGACAAAGGUAUCUCAAAUGACUUUGCUGAUGAAAUUUCAAAAUUCAGCACAGUUUAUGAACGUAAUGCAUACAUAAGUUUGUUAGAAGGUCUUGCUAAAUUUACAGCUUCAAAGUAAUUAUUCCAUGAGUAUUUAAAAUGAUAAAUUUUUUCCUUUUUUUUUUUUUAAUUUCACAAAAAAAUA